CUGUCAGACGCCCCGGUGAGGCGUAAGGGAAGAAAAACAGAGAGAGAGACACGCGCAGCUCCUUGAUCGCUGCUACUGUUGCUACUGCUGGCCCUCGUUCUGUUGUACACAUAGAGGCUUCUGGACCUCGUACACGCACCGGUGACAAGCUUUCGUUUAACACACCACCGUCUUCAUACGAUCCCUUAUGGAACGUACAAUGAAUAAUCAUAAUAUCAGAAAGCGCCGGCCCUAUGGCCACGGGGAACCCCCGGCGGUGCCCGUGCCCCUGGAUCCCUCGUACUCACCCUCUGCCUCUGUCCCUUCAUCUCAUCCGGAGGGCUUCUCCGUCCAGGAUCUACAUAUACUCCAGCAGGCAGCGUCUAUCUUAAAUUGCCCCGUCUCCCAAUUGCUUGGACUUAAUAAUAGAAGCUCUCAUCCACAGCAAUACCCACUCUCUUCUGUCUCAUCUAUACCAUACCCAAUUUCAACGAAGAGACAACGUCUUAGUGCAGACAUGACACCGGCAUCUCCUCAGGAGAAGUCCACGCCACCUACGCCCCCCAUCCAAGAUGGCUCUGAGCGGCCCCGUGCUCCCGAAGCACCAAAUAAUGGUUUCUCCAUGGGCAUAGACCGCUCCCGCCUGGCGCAGUACUUUUCAACCUUCUCUGUCUGCCCGCCCUGCACUACAUGCGAACCCCAAGUCUACGGCCAAAUCCCGGCCGCCUCGCCUUAUUCUUAUGCCCCAGCACGGCAAUACUUUGACGACAGCUCGUCGUCUCCUGGGCCACCACCCGGAACAAUGUCUCCAGAUCAGCCCAGUGUCUUUGCUCCUCAUGACCCCUCCACAACCUCAUCAAUGAUGUCCAACUAUCCUAUUCUGCAGCCAAACCGGCCUAUGACAGUCCAGCCUUCUACUAGCGGCGAGGGCAUGGUGUAUCCCGAGCCCGUAUCUGGUCAACAGUAUUUUGGUCAACCAGACUUCUGUUCCGAUAUGCCAAAUUCUAUGACGAAUAACAUGAUGGGAGCUCAGCAAAACUACACUCCAUCGUCGUUCAGACAGAACACUACGGCCGAGGACGUUUCAUCUCAGGAAGCAGAUGGAAUUCGGACUUCUAGUAAGCCUUGCGAGUUGGACAUCUUACAUCCGAAUCAACGCCCCCCACAUGCGAGGAGGGGACCGUUCAAGUCAAAUGAAAUACGGCAGGAGACGGCCGAGACGAGACGAAUAGGUUCCUGUAUUCGGUGCCGAAUGCAGCGAAUUCGCUGUGAGAUUAAUCCUUCGGACAAGCUUGGUACAUGCCUCACUUGCCUGAAGGUAUCUAGCGUGAAAGUGUGGCGAAUGCCUUGUCUUCGUUACAAGAUUACCGAUGUGAAGUUGUUCAAGCCAGGGAACGUUAAGGGGUACGAGUGGACACGAAGGUGGAUAGAGGGCAUCCCCGACGAUAUAUCGCAAUGGGCAUCGAUGGAGAUAAAGAGAGUCAAAGUCACUGAGGGCUACACUAACCAGCCCGUAGAGCUCCGAGUCCGUCAAUUCGUCCCCCAAGAAGGCGACAGGCUCGAACGAAGCUGGGUUCACGACGGCACCAAGAAGAAUGUCAAAAUCCCUCCGUAUGCUAUCGUGAAUCUUGAAGAAGCGAAGAGCAUUUAUACCGAAUACAUCAGACAGGGGUUGCCCGAAUGUUGCAAGAAGGUGCUUCUAGGCAAGGACAGGCUAUUACUUGCAACAUACGCCGCAGCAAUCAAGGCCUCAAGAGAUCCGACGAUAGAUCCUAAGGAAAGUGCACUUCUCAAGAAAGCACUUCAGUUGUGGAUGGCCAUUCGAUUGACAACGAAAUCCACUAUUAUUGUUGGGGAAGAGACGUUGGGGAUGCCUCUCGAUAUCAUGGACGACACAAGCCCGCUUCGAGGAUGUAUUCCGUUGCCGCCGGUAAUGGGUGCGCAAAUCGAGUUGGUCCUCAUUCAUCAAAUCCAAUCUAACCUGCGUCGGGAGAUGUUAGAAAACUUACAGACAAUGACGCAAGCUAACAAACACCAAACCUGGUUCACAACAUACCUCAUUACCUUCAUUUUGCUCCAUAACGUAGCGCUUCUUUGCCAGCAUGAUGCUGGAUAUGCCCGUAAACACGGCAUUAAGUUGCAGAGUCGGUUCGCGAGAGAAGAGAUGGUGAGGGAGUACCAAAUGGCUUCUGACAUACGACUUUGUCGAACAGGCGCGAAUAUUCUGCUGGCGUAUUUUCAUUACUGCAAUAAAAAUAUAUACCCGUUCUCUGCGAAGUGCAAGGAACAAGACCUAUCAAUACUGGCUGAGUUAGAUGAGACUCAAAUUAAGCUCAUUCAGUUCACAAGGUCGAACAUUGAAAAAUACAAGAGGCAUUGGGCGAAGAUACGUCAAACCGACGAUUACGAAAACGAUUUCUACUACAUCAGCCAGAUGUACGAGGAAAACUGGACACCGCAAUCGACGAUCUAAGACAAUCAGUACGGUGGGAGCGAUUUGAGCAAAGGAUGUAUGAGCGGAAACCUAAGUUCAGGUUAAUGGAAAAGCAUAUGCGAGAAAACUUACGUCGCA